AUGACCCUCUCCCUCCCUCAGUCGCAGCCGCUGACGUCGAUUAGCGAAAGAAACGAUGAAUUUGAUGAUGGCGGCGACGAACGAAGCAACAGUGCAGAAAUGGCUCUCCCCCGACUCUCCUACGCUCGAUUUCCCGAUUUGAGUGCCGGCGGACGAACACGAAGGCGAUUGGGAAAGCAACGGCGCGCGAUUAAGGUGUCCGAAGUCCGAACACAAGCGUCCCCGUAG